AUAAUUGAUGUCUGGUUUGAGUCAGUGAUCGACAAAAUAUUGAAUAAAAACAUCCGUCACUUGAGUCUCAAAGACAUCACUUUAUCUGAUCACUGAUUGACUGACAGUCGACUUUAUAUCGUUAAUCAAGUGAUGGAUAAAUUGAAUCAAUUGAAUGGUGUUAUCAAAGAUACGACGUGUGAUGUUUUGAAAUCAUUAACGAGUUUGUGGCAAAAGACACCUCCAGUGGAUCCAAUGGUAACCAAAUUGGUGACCACUGCUCGAGUCGUUAAACUGUCUGAGAUUGCGACCCGAAGGGAGGUCUUAGAGUUGUUGCAGACAUCUCACUGGACACGCAUUGCUGCUAUAUUUGGUGCGACGGCCGUUGCAAUGGGUGCUUAUGGAGCACACGGACUUGACCCGAAACCCGAUGUACCGAUAGAAUACAAACAUGUCUUCGAAACGGCCAAUAAAUACCAUUUCUUUCAUUCGUUAGCUUUAUUGGCGGUUCCUCUGACCCGACGACCACUUGUCGUGGGAACACUGAUGACAGCGGGAAUGUGUGUGUUUUGUGGCACAUGUUAUGUCUAUUCAUUGACUCAUAAUAAGGAUAUAAUCAAAUACACACCGUAUGGAGGCUUAACCCUAAUCCUUGCCUGGCUUUCAAUGCUUCUCUAAUACAACUGAUCAACAAAAGUAUCCAUCAAUUUAUUGAACACCAAAAACUAUUUUUUAAUUUUAUUUCCAAACAUCUAAUACUUUAUUAUCCUAAUUAGUUUCGGCAAUAGAUUAUUA